AUUGGUAUAAUCAUAAUUUAAUAUUGAUUUCAUUUACUUCUUUUGAGCUACUUAUUCUCGUACGUUUGUGUUAAAUUUUUUUACUUGUGAGUAAAACAUUUAUGCAAUCCAAGGUUUGCAUUUAUGGUUGAUAUGAGACGAUAGUGUUUUAAUUCAAAGAAAAACUGCAUUAGUAUGGUUCCGUGCGUGUACUGGUCAUGCUAUCCACGAGUACUGCCCCAGGACUGCAUUACGGUACUCUGCAGUCGUUCGUGACACUUUUGUCGCCACAUUUGGGAGCUCAAGAAAGCGAAGUGUGUAGUAAUCUUGCAACGAAACCUGUGGAAGUCACUACUGGCAUUUCAGGUUUCCAUACACAAUCAUAUCAAGUGAGAAACUUCGAUAUCAAAAUGGCUUCUGACGAGGGAAAUAAGCUUCCUGAAAUGCCUCACACAUGUCCGGAUCAUAAGCUGAAAAGAAUGAACGAAAGGAUCGAUGACUUGCACAACAUGAACAUACUGAUGCCUCCAAAGCCCAUCAAGUCUGCCAGAAAAUCUAAACUCGAAGCGCACGCACGAGAUGACAUGAGCUUAGCCAGCGGCAGCUUCGACGUUGGCAAAGUUCCUUUCAACCGAAGAUGCAGCGUCGGCGGCAGCAUUGCGAGUCUAAGCGACAGUUUCUCAGGUUCGAGCAAUGAUAAAAUGCACUUCGCGUCCCCCGAACUGAAUCCCAAACUGAUGGCGGUACUUGGGCCACAUGCCACCUCAGCUUUACUCUCGUGUAGCCCCGUAAGGCGCACCAGUGUGGAUUUUAAUGCUGGGUUUGAGGACGACUUCACUGCAAUUCUGAGGAAAAUUACAGCUCCCUCUUCGCCCCCAGCAUCUGCUCCAGGCACACCGAGUAACAAGAAAAAUUUCCUGCCAGUUAGUUCAUUAUCGAUGGACGAGUCAUCUUCAACAAAAGAUGAUGAUGAUGCCCCCGAGUGGUACAAUGUUCCUAAGAUUAUCGAAUCUAGAGUCCCGGUCUCAGAAUUGGAAGAUUCAGAUGCACCCCUGACUACGGAAAGUACCAGCAAGCGUGUACCACGUCCGACAUCGCUAUACAGAUCUAACUCAGAUAGCUGCAGACUAAGAAGUAAAAUAUAUUUACGAGAUAAGUUCAGCAAAGCAUUGAGUGUGAAGCAUGAGGAAGACGAGCAUAAUUUAUCUGACGACGAGGUGUUCUCGACCGUCGAAAUCCGCGCCGGCCAUUUGGAUGUACCUUUUCGUCACCGCACUCUGUCUCCGAUAUCUCAGUCUUCCAGCUCAGGCUCGCCCGAGUCAUUCGAAGAAUCGUCGCCUUGUGCCAAUACUUUGGAUGCGGAUAAAUGCUUAAUGCCUGAUGCUACAGAAACAUCAAAUAGACUCGAAUCACCUGACUUGACCGUCUCAUGUCCUACGGAUCGAUAUGAAAAUCGCGCUGACGAAAAACAAGUAAAGCCUCUAAACCGUGGUGCCACCGCUUCUUCUGGCGAGCAUCCAGAUGUUCCUGGAGGCAACAUAGCUACGACGGCCACAUCAGAGUUUCUGGCAAAGGGUCUAGGUUCUGCCUCUCCACUUAUCGAUGUUCGUCCGCUGAGUGUGUCGCAUUCAUCCGAAGGACCUUGUACAAUCCGUCAAGAUGCAACAAUUCCUACAGAUCCUACGACUUCACGGUCCGUCGACCCUGAAAUCCAAGAACAGCGCUCAACCGACUCCAAAAGAUCUAAAUCAUAUCAGGUAUCGGAAAAGUUGAACGGGAAAGAUACAUUCAUGGAUCCUCAGAGUUACGAAAUAAUUGGCCCUUUCUCGUUGGUAUUAGUAGUUCGUGUUCUGGGCAAUACGCUGCUUGAGCGAUGCUUUCUGUCACAAAAAUCGUCACCAUACGUCCAACUUCGACGUCGGUCAUCCAACAAGAACCUCGAAUCGGAUUCAAAUAAUGUUUUAAAAUCUAAAGAAAUUCAAAAUUUCACGCUGGAACCACAAACCUCUGCCCAAAAGUUUUCUAUCUCCUUGGUUAACUCGUCUUGUCCAGACGGACAAUUAAUUAAAGAAACUCACUCUUCGAUCUAUGCCUCAAAUUCUAGCUCUGAAAAAUGGCCUCGGAGGCCAUCGCAUAAUUCCCUUCGAACGGCGCUGCAGUAUGUGAGCCAGAGGAAUGCCCUGGGGUUGCUGCUCUUGAUCCUCUCCUUUCUACCACUUGUGAUACUUGCCGGAGUGCUUGAUAUCUCAUUGUACGUCUUCAGUCUGCUAUCCCAGUUCAAACGGAUGUUGAACAAGGAGUUGAGCCACUUCUCCGAGUCAAGUCGAUCCGGCAACCAAAUCUCCGAGUACAUCUGCACCACUUUCCUCGACCAGCAUCAAGAACUCGAUAUCCCCAGUUUGCAACAGCACGACAAAGAAGAUACUCCUGCCAUUGAAGGUCAGCAACCGCUGCCACUACAGCAACAACAGCCACAAACUCAGACACAACAAAGUGGUCAUAGGUCUUCUUCUCGUAAGAAAUUUUCUUCAUCAAGUCACGGAGCACAAUCUCUUGGUCAUCCUUCAUUGCCGGCCUCAGAGCGGUUCCCUGCCCCAAGUUCCUCAGCUCACGAUGGCUCUUCUUCAGCGGCCACGUGGCAAUCCAAAGAAUCCUGCAGCCAAAGCAGUGGCGCUCAGUCGACCAAACACUGCUCGACUUCUCAGCGCCAAACUUCCAUUAUAUCCGCCAGCGGCGAGUCAACUCCUGCAGACUCAGUGCAGUCGUCCUGUACAGUCACAGAGACUGGCGGAGAUGCUGCAUUUACAGGCGUGUCCGGCAAGGAGGUGGCCUCUGUGGCAUCUUCCAUGUCUCGGAUCAUCGGGGUGAAGUCACCGCAACAAACUGUCUCGUUCGAGAGCAUCCCGAGAUUUGGUGUCGAGACGCCAAACGAAGCCGAGUUAGCCAAGGUCCUGGAAGACAUCGACAAGUGGGGCAUUGAUAUUUUCCGAAUCGCUGAGCUAUCCGAGAUUCAGCCGCUCACCGCUAUCACCUACACUAUUUUUGUUGAACGAGAUUUGAUAAAGCAGUUCAAGAUCCCGCCUAAUACUUUACUAACGUUCCUACGCACGCUGGAAGUGCACUACCUCAGUCACGUUCCCUACCACAAUGCAUACCAUGCAGCCGACGUCACGCAAUCCACACAUGUCCUACUCAAUUCCCCUGCAUUAGAAUCCGUGUUCACGCCUCUGGAAGUACUAGCAGCAAUAUUUGCUGCCGCAAUACACGACGUCGACCACCCUGGUCUAACCAACCAAUACCUCAUCAACUCCUCCUCUGAGCUCGCACUCAUGUACAACGACGAGAGCGUUCUUGAGAACCACCAUCUCGCCGUAGCAUUCAAGCUCCUACAAAACCAAAAUUGUGACAUCUUUGUCAAUUUGAGCAAGAAGCAAAGGCAAACUUUAAGGAAGAUGGUCAUAGAUAUGGUCCUGGCUACUGACAUGAGCAAACACAUGAGCUUGUUGGCCGACUUGAAGACCAUGGUGGAAACGAAGAAAGUUGCCGGCUCGGGGGUCCUUUUACUCGACAAUUACACUGACCGAAUACAGGUGCUGCAAAACAUGGUUCAUUGCGCUGACUUGAGUAACCCGACGAAGCCUCUGGACUUGUACAAGCGGUGGGUGGCUUCUAUCAUGGAGGAGUUCUUCAAGCAGGGCGACAAGGAGCGUGAGAACGGCUUCGACAUUUCCCCCAUGUGUGACCGACAUUCUGCAACAAUAGAAAAGUCCCAGGUUGGUUUCAUAGACUACAUCGCACAUCCCCUCUGGGAGACUUGGGCUGAUCUAGUUCACCCAGAUGCACAGGAUAUCCUGGACACUUUGGAAGAGAACAGAGACUGGUACCAACAAAUGAUACCCAUCAGUCCUUCCUCGUCUUCCAAUGACCUGCAGGAAGAAGAUCAGCCGGGCACCACAUCGGAAGAUCCCGAAGAAACGGAAGACGAUGGACAACUUUGCGCCGCCGCUGAAAGAAUUCAAAUACACUUCACGCACGACGAAGAAACUGAAGGAAGUGGUGGUGAAACAAGUGGUCUAGGUGGCUCCAGUGGAUAUAGCGGAGCUGGAGUUACGAGUGGGGAGAAUCCUUUUACUUCUACUGGAGAGGAUAAAGAAUUCGAAGAGCCUCCCGAGCCGCAAACGAAGGAUGAAGACAGUGGGAUCUGACCUACCCCGGCCUUCGCGUUAACAGGGUACUGUAAUCGGGUCCGUAAAAGGCUGCUGAGGUGGUUUCACGCUAGCAGCUCUGAGUGUGCUAAUUCUAGUGCUAGAUCUACAGGUUAUUCUAUUGAACAACCGAAUAUUGUUAGUGGUAGUGUGGUGUCCAAGACUAGUAGAUGUAAGACUUUUAAAACUGAUGACCUUAGUUCGUGUGUUCUUGAGAGGGCUCAUGAUAAAAUCGUGGAUCCUGAUAGUAGUGGAGGCAGACUGUCGGACAGCCGGGCGUUAACGAUGGAUAAUAAAAGUGAUGGCAGGUUUUUAGCUUCUGACGACAAAAAGGCUUCUGAUGACUUUUGUGAAUCUUUUGACGACGGUAAUGAAAAUAUAAUGAUUUUUAAAAAUAGACACCUCGAUAACCUUGAAAACUCAGGCCUACUCUUUAAUGCCAACGGCAACAAUAAUCAGUAAUCUAAUUUUUCGUAAAAAUUAACUUCCUGACAGUGUAACUAAAUUUUUACAAUCUUGUGCGUGAUUUUUUAUCUGUGUUUAGUAUCGCUGAAACUGAAGUUCUUAGAAUGCGACUUGAGCGUAAUUUUAAUAAUUUAAAACCCGGAUACAGGGUAAAGGCUUCCUUUUGAGAGCUCUCUGUUUUUCAUUCUGUAGUUUCGCAAAGCAAAAUCUAUAUUCUGAAGUUGACCUACGUAAAACUUGUGCAUGCCGCAGAGUUUAUAUGAACUUAAAGUAUUUAAAUGAAGACAGUCAAACACCGUAUACCAGCAACAAAAUUAAUAUAAAAUUUUGCAUCAUAUGUGUUGCGUCAUUCAAUAUUCGUUGAAUUCGUUAUCGUUUCGCUGUUGUGUGGAAAAUUACGCGAACCUGAUGUAUCAGCAAAAUUUUAAAACAACCUGCGUCACGGUUAGAUUCCGAUAUGUUCGAGGUCCUCAUACUGAGUUCUUCAUGCCUGUUUUCCAAUCAAGCUACUAUUUUUUGAACGAUGUUUUUACGCAAGUUUUGCUUAUUUUUCAUUAACGAAGACUUAUCCCGCAAAUUUAGAAUUGAAAUUUAUUUAUAUUGGAAUUUCUGAUAGGUUUUUAACAUGCUUGAACUUGAAUCGUAAUUCGUCACAUUUUUUUCUGUCUGUAGACUUCAGACGCGUUUUCUUUUCUAGUAAUUCUAAUGAUUUUAGAACAGCUUUCGGCCGUGUGCUUUAUUAUUUUAUCAUUUACUCGUAAAGUAUCCAAAAAAGAAUUAAAAGCUGUAAUGAGACUCCAGUGAACAUGUAACAUCGUCCCGAGUAAUCUUAUUGUAUUUGAGACUUGCUGUUGUUAGAAGUGUUAUAAUAAAAGUCAAUGUUGCUUCGUCUGUAUCGAAGUAAAUGUAUUUGAAAUACGGUAUUACCAAGAAUACUGUAUUGCUACGACUGCUCCUCCAUGUGAUUAAUGUCUUCAACUCAGUUACCCAGUAUACUAGUUACUUAGAGAGUACCAGAGGAAUUUUCUGCUUUGUUUGUUAUUUUGGUUGCCUUGUGUGUGAUGAGCUUGCAGCGCAAUUUGUAAGCACUUUGAGCCGGCUUUCAUAACUUGCAGUUUCUUCCUUUCCUCGUGGCUUUAGCUAAUAAUUACCUGUUUUUUUCUGAAACCGUCGUAACGUUCUUAAACUUUUAUGUUUAUCACCGUGGCCACUUGAAUACUGUGUAGUUGGUGUCUAAGUCAUUUCCGGCAUGACUGUGGACUGUCGGAGAAAUGCACCAGUUAGUGCAGUUGUUGUCAACGUGCUGCCAAGAAGGGAAAUGUACUCGAGAAAACAACGUAACAAGCAAAAGUACAUGCGGAAAUUAUACUAGAGAAUUAUCGAGCCACGGCUUUUGAACUUUUUUUACCCUCGAUGAAGUUCAUCAGUGAUUUAUUGUGUAUCUGACAGUGCUUAUGAUAGCUUAUUGUUGUGUCGGUACGACGAACGUGUUGUGUAAGCUGAAUAAGAUCACGCCUUUGAUGAUCCAGGUGACGAUAGUCACGUUCACGACACGUUUGUGCUGGUGACUUAAUUUCGACGCAUUAAUUUUACGCAUUCGAUUUUUCGAAUGUUCAUGUUGUAUUUGACUCUAUUUACUGAGUUUUUGACUUUGUACUACAAAUGAACUGGAAGAAAUAGACCGUCUUCGUAUCAUGUACAUAUAUUAUGGAGAUUUGAGGAGUAAAAUGUCGAUGAAGUUUUCUUGAUAUAAUAUCGUGAUUUACAGUCUGUACUUGAUGUAGCCAAGGAUAUUUAUAUUAAACCAAAUUUAUGGUUACGUCAUCUACGUUCAUACCGUAAUGAUAAUAACAAUUGUUCUCGUUCUUUUUAUCAGUAUAGAGCGAUGAAGAAUGUGCUUGUAUAUAUUAGAUGCUGUAAAUAAGAUAUUAUGUUAAAUUAAUAGGAGAUGAAAGGAUUCAUUGUAUAAAAUGAGUAUUCUAAAAUGUGUACACGAUAUAUUAAAGCUAUCUGUUCUAUAUUACAGCGAUAUAUCCCUUAAUUAGAUGACAAAGUUAAGAAGCAGGUAGAUGUCGCAUAAGCUUAGUUGGAAGCUGCCGUUCGAUCUUAUUGCGUGGCCUGGUGAGCUUGAAUCUGCCUGUACGUGGACAUUUACGUUAAUAAACAUAAACUCUUUAGCCUUUGUGAUACGUGACUUGCAAUCUAACAGAUCUUAUGCCUCAGGAUUUAUCAUCAUUCGUAGCGAAGCUGGAAAGGAAUUAGAAUUCCGAUUUGUUUGUAAAACAAAUAUCUAUAUUCGGAAGUCUGCAAGUCCUCCCAGUUUGCUGCACCAAUGCCAUCAGUACAUCACCCUUUUGUUGAUUUAUCGAAAAUUUUUUGUUUUUACAUGUAAUUUAUUUAUUUAUACUUGAAUUGUAAGUUGGUCCCUGCAUAACAACCUUUGCGACGAUACAAACUGUGUAGUUGAAUCGCUAUAUACCUUUCGAUGUCUUUCUUCGAAAAAUCAGAAUGCCAUGGCUCGAAUGUAUUUACUAUCGUAAGCUUCUUUCCAUGCAGCUACAUGGUCGAUAUUGAUACAUCUUGUAUUGCAGUUCAAGAUUUUGAUUCUGCGCGAGACGAGUCAUUGUAAAGUUAGUACCGUCGUCGGACACUUGUAAAGCGCUAGUUGAAAUUACCUAAUACUUUUCAUCUGCAUGGAAAUAAUAUAUUUUUGAUUUAAAUAAGGCACAAGAAUUUAUACUAAAUAAUUUAAGGUAACUUCUUUGAAGAAUUGUGCGCUGGCUGCAUUUUCAUUUUGAUUAGAAUGCUGACAGUGUGAGAGGCAUUGGAAAAACUCUCUAUGAUCGACACUUCUUAUCGAGUGUGAAGAAGCUUAUACUAUAAAUUAGCUAAUAUUUAACUGUUAUUUAUUUUACAUGAAAACAGAGCAGGAUAGCUACCACCCCCUAGUAAUUCUGUCGCUUCUUAUAAGUUGUUAAAGCAUUUAAUACGAUCUUUAUUCUUAUUUAUGAAUGACCGCUCCUAUCGACGUUACUACGUUUAGUCAGACGGAACUUAUUUAAAUUUAAUGCUUGGAGGAAUGCAAGUCGCCGUAUCUUAUGUAUAUAUAUUUACGUUAAAGAUCGUUUGUGUCAAAUGCAUAAUUAAUGUUUUUUUUUUAUCCACGAAGAGUGUCUUCCUGCUUGAUUCAUUGCAUGAAUAAAUAGUGAGAUUUCACUAGUUCAUUCAUUAUCUGCAAAGUAUGUAAGUAUAUGAUUUUUUAAAUUGUCAAAUGAAAAUAUAGGUUAGCGAUUUCGCUGGGAAAUCUAAAAUUGAAAGAAUUUCGAUAAAAUAUUUACUUCACCUUAGUCAAAAAGUUUAACUAGGUUUCAAUUCUAACUUAGUGUUUUUUUAAUUGAAAAAUAGUUAUUGUAAUUUAGUUAGGAUCUCUUGCACUGGUCUUCGUAUUUAUCUCUUCAAAAUUUAUCAGUGAAUUUUGUUUUCGUCUUGCAUAAAACUUAAUGUUUCACCAAAGCUCAAUUGUACCUUUGCUGCUUUUGUUCCCUUGCACCAAACGCUGCUCUGAACAUUCAUGUUUUAUUAACUUCGUUUAUUUCUGCCCACCAGGCGUUUAAUUAUGCAGUUGACUUAUUGAACAAAAAUAUUGUUGUACGAUUUUUAUUGGUAAAAAUUGAUGUUCGUAAGAAAAAAAUGUUUAAAAAACUGUCCAGGUUUUCCGUCCUGUCUUGUCGUGCUUGAAGGUUGACUUAAAUUUUUGUUUGAAAUGAAAUUUCCUUUAUAUUGCGGUUUACGGGCAGGAAAUUGUGUAGGAAUAAUUCGAGGGAAUUUCAAAUGAAAUCCUUAUUUGUACUAACAGUAUAAUGUCAGCGUAGAGUUAUUUCUUGCUAUUGUCCUGAUUUCUACCUCAUUACUUGUCCGGUGAUUUACCACGAACAACAUUUACCCUAUAAAUUUUGUUUUUAUUCGUAUUUGAAUUAAAACACUUUGUUUUUAAAAGGUCACGGAACGAUUGGAAAAUCGUCAAAUCUUCAAGUUGUUUGAGUGUUCAUCAAGAUUGACGGAGCAUGUUUUAAUUUCGUUAAUUUAAUCUCGCUCAACUACACCAGGUUAUGGAGAAAGGAAAUUUAUUCUAACUUUUGAUUCUUGUAAUGCCUAAGCCAAAUGUUAUUAGUUACUAAUUUGUUUCCUAUAUGUGUAUUACACCAUACUGAUGACUUUCCUCAUUUUCAUUUUAACGUAUUUAAUUUUCUGCUUAUUUUGCUAAAAGAUUGAAAUUCUUCAAUUUUGUUCUCGUUUCUUCAGUUUUGUGCUCAAUGUUAUUUCAGUGAUAAAGUUUCGUAUUUCUCUUGAUUCAAGAUUCGGUCACCACAUCGUACCUGUCUUAAGUAUUUUCAAAAUGAAUUAAGUUUCUCCUCUUUGUUAUUCACGAACGUUUUUUGCCUAAUAUGUUACUUGCUGAGUGUUUAUUAUUUUUUUGCAUUUACGUGAAUCCCGGAGUUCAAAUCUUGAAUGUAUCUACGAUUUCGUCGAGAUUGAUUGUUGUGUUAUGCUUUACGUUUGAUUUGCUUACGACCGAACUACGAUUUCCUCCAUUGAUGCUUGAAUUUUAAUCCGUUGGCCAGCGAGAAAGUUUCGCAAGCUUCUAUCUUUAUUAUUUUUGUUGAAUAUCAAGUGCAAAUUAACUUGAUUCUAAAUCAAUUUGAUAUCAAUUAUGCAAAUGUUGCUGACCUUUGAAUUUAAUCAUGAUGUCAACAACUUAAAUCUCCUUGCAAUUACAAAUAAUGACUUGAAGUGAAUACUUCUUUAAAUAAUUGAAAAAGUUAAUUGCAGGUCGCGUAAGUCGACUGCGAUACAAGAAAUUAGAAAAAAAGUGAAGUGGGCCUCGAAACAUGAACGGAGUAUGCAAAGUAAAUCUCGUCUAGGAAUCUUACCUUUCGAGAGAUUUAAAGAAACUUUUAGUUUUUUCAUCCUGUAGGUGUUUAAAAAUUGACAUAAUAAAAAUAUGUAAAUACGUUUUAUUUUUGCGCAAAGAUCACUGCUGGUUCGGUGUUUUACUUUAUUAUACGCUUAUGUUAUAAAUUUAAGGUUGUUAUGUUGUGAUUUUUUUUAUUUGUUGUGUCUUCCCGUUACAUUUAUCUUGGUUCAAAUUACCUAGCGCUUCUUGCUAACACUUGUGAUUAAUUGUGAACAUAGGCCUCUGUGGAUCGUAGGCCUACAGACGUGGUGGAUGAAUGGUACAUUAAAAGGUAGCACGGUGCGCUAAGGCUUUCAAUAAAGGCCACCACAUCCCUGGCCUUCUCAAUUUUAUGUUCGCAUUAUGCUUAAAUUAUUCGUGUGUUUAUUGUAUCAGGAAUUUUCUUCAAUCUAUAGAGUUAGCAAGUGUUUGAAUUUUACGUUAAGUUUACAAAAUAGUUUAUUGAAAUUUUCACUAAUACGUACGUGUCAGUCUUCUGCGUAUGAUACAGAAAGAAAAGGAAUAAAUGAAUUCAAAUACAUAA